GCCAGGUAUCAUGAGCAUUCUGGAUGACGUGUGUGCGACGAUGCACGCCGUGGGCGAAGGAGCUGACCAGACCCUGCUGCAGAAACUGCAGAUGCAGAUCGGGACUCAUGAGCACUUCAACAGCUGGAAUCAAGGCUUCAUCAUCCACCAUUACGCCGGAAAGGUGUCCUACGACAUGGAUGGUUUCUGCGAGAGGAACCGGGACGUCCUGUUCAUGGACUUGAUCGAGCUCAUGCAGAGCAGUGAAUUGCCUUUUAUAAAGGCUCUCUUUCCAGAAAAUCUCCAAGCUGAUAAGAAAGGCCGCCCUACAACUGCUGGCAGCAAAAUUAAGAAACAAGCAAAUGACCUCGUUGGCACCCUGAUGAAAUGCACUCCUCACUAUAUCCGCUGCAUCAAGCCGAAUGAAACCAAAAAGCCUCGAGACUGGGAAGAGAGCAGGGUGAAGCAUCAAGUGGAGUAUCUUGGGCUCAAGGAGAACAUUCGUGUACGGCGAGCAGGCUACGCCUAUAGGCGAGUGUUCAAAAAAUUCCUGCAGAGGUACGCCAUCCUGACCAAAGCAACCUGGCCUUCCUGGAAAGGGGAUGAAAAACGAGGAGUUCUCCACUUGCUCCACUCGGUCAACGUGGAUCCUGACCAGUACCAGCUAGGGAGGACAAAAAUCUUCAUCAAAGCACCAGAGUCCUUGUUCCUGCUGGAAGAGAUCACGAGAAGUGAAAAUAUGAUGAUGGCUCACAUACGGGAGAUCAGAAAGGCAUGGCGAAAAUAAGUAUUUAGGAAAAUGCUACAAAUGAGAGAAGAAGCCUCUGAUUUGCUGCUGAACAAGAAGGAGAGGAGGCGGAACAGCAUCAACAGGAACUUUGUGGGAGACUACAUCGGCAUGGAGGACCAUCCUGAGCUGCGCCAGUUUCUGGGCAAGCGCGAGAAGAUCGACUUUGCUGACAAGGUCACCAAAUAUGACCGGCGGUUUAAGGGUGUCAAACGAGACCUCAUCCUGUCUCCCAAGUGUGUGUACCUGAUCGGGAGGGAAAAGGUGAAGCAGGGCCCAGACCGAGGUCUCGUGAAGGAGGUCCUGAAGCGGAGGAUCGAGGUGGAGAGGAUCCUGUCUGUCUCUUUAAGCCCCAUGCAAGACGACUUGUUUGUCCUCCAUGAGCAAGAAUACGACAGCUUCCUGGAAUGCAUCUUCAAAACGGAGUUCCUGAGCCUUUUGUCAAAGCGCUUUGAGGAGAAAACGCAAAGGAGGCUACCUCUGAAAUUUAGCAAUACGCUUGACGUGAAGUUGAAAAAGGAGACUUGGGGGCCGUGGUGUGCUGGAGGGUCUCGCCAAGUGCAGUUCAACCAAGGCCAGGGAGACGUGGCCGUCCUCAAGCCAAGCAAUAAAGUGCUGCAGGUCAGCAUUGGGCCGGGACUUCCCAAAAACUCCAGGCCCACGAGACGGAACCUGACCCAAAACAGAGGCAGUUCCAACAGGACUCCGGGCCACAACUACCCUUCCAGGGCUGCUCCGCCUCCCCCUGGUCUUCAUCAGAAUGGGGUGAUCAAAGCCCCACCGCUUGUCCUGCACCCACAAGGCCCCGCAAGCCAGCGAACCGCUCACAAAAAUUUAUACAAAAACAUGGCAUGCCCGCCGUUGCCACAGGUCUCUGGAGGAUCGGGCAGAAUUUCCCAGCAACCAGACAGCCUGGACUUCCUCAAGGUGCCGGAUCAAGGUGCUGCUGGAGCUCGCAGGCAGACUCAUAAGCCACUCCACGCCUCAGAGAGGAGGUGACUAAAAGCUCAUAGCCAAGCCAAAGCUCCUUAGGUACCUCUCCAGUGCAGGGCACUGUAUGCCUAUGAUGCUCAGGACACAGAUGAACUCAGCUUCAAUGCCAAUGAUGUCAUUGAUAUCCUCAAAGAAGAUCCCCAGGGAUGGUGGACAGGCAGGUUGAGAGGGAAGCAAGGCCUGUUCCCCAACAAUUACGUGACCAAAGUGUGACGGUAGACUGGCUGUUGCCUCCUGAGCACUGCGGAGUUAAUUCUCAGAGCAAAGUGUCUUUCCCGCUGUUGUCAACUUGGAAGACGAGGGAUCAGCGCAGAAUCUCCACGGAGAGGCACCUGUGAAGUUAGAAGGGAGACAGGAAAAGUGGCCCUGUUUACGCUCCAGCUGGUCAAAGCACAUCACCAAACAUGUAACUUAUUUAUUUUUUAUUUAACCCUCUAAUUGUCUUGAGAAGGAAGAGGAGCCCUUCAGUCCAAUUCUGGAAGUGGCAAGAUUCUCUGCAGCUGCCACAGGGUGGAAGAGCCCUUGCUGGACAAGGCUCCUCCCAUCUUCCGCCCUAGAUGCUUCAUUCUCCUCGUAGGGACACUUGCAGAGGUGCACAGUAGUCAUGUGUUAUGCUGCUACCUGCCUAAAUAAGUAGGAAUCGUCUUGUUUCACCCUGUAUUUGAGCAGACCUGAUGAUCUGAGGGCCCUUGUGGCGAUUUUCCAGAAGGCGCUGCAACCAAAAGCGACAGUAAAGGAUGCUGUAAAUUGUUUGCAUUGAUUGUUUAGAGAUGGCUGGCCCAUGUUGGUUUGUGUUAUUGCUGUACCUGUUAAGGGGCAGUUUCUCUGCCCCCUCGAGGGAAGCUGUGCUUAAGAGUAGAUUAUAUACAGUGUACAUUUAAAAACCAAAAUAAGAGACAAGCAAAUUGUAUGAAUGGAUAUGACAGUAACCCACAGUGCUUAACCAUAAAAGUCGCUUGAUUUUCGCUUUGGGGGACCAGGUACUUCUACAUAUGCACUAUUCUUUAAGGGACAGAGACAGUGUUAAUAAAGCUUUUGAGCCCAGCGGCCUUCGCAAGCAGCCAAGAGCUGUGAUUUAUUAGCAGGGAUGGCUUCAAAUACAUGACUUGUCAACUCUAAUUGGCCAAAACAGAACAUUGUGGGCUUUAUUUUGAUGCCUAUCCUAUUCUGUAAGUGAAAGACGAGGCACUAAUUGCUACAUGAGGAAUAAAGGCCAUGAACGGUGUUUGCUGGCCAUCUCACCCCC